AUGCCUCAAAGCCUUAUUAAACACGCUUGGGUCCCCAGGAAGCCCUACUCUACCCAAGUUUACCGGAAGAUUUGGGGAAGAAUGGGGUUGAUGGGCUCCAUCAGUUAUAAGCUCAUGAGUGCUGAUGAAAGAAGCAAAGCUUUGAAAGCCUGGGGUCCUGCGCCUGCUUACGGCCACUCGGAAACACAGCUGACGUGGGAAAAGCAGCAGGAACGGGGCUGGGAGGCGGGAGGCGGGAGGCAGGUGGGUCACGAAGGCCUCGAAUGCCGGGCCCAGGAACCAGGCUCCUGCUCCUUUGCCCCCCUGGAGCACCAGAAGUGGUUUCUUUACCCUCCACGGUAG